CUCCUCUUACUCUAACAAUGAUGAAAUUCUCCAUCCCAAUUAUCUUCCUCUUGUUCGCCUCUAGCUGCUUCAGCUUCUCGUACUCUACGGAGCAAUAUACUUCGAUAUUUAGCUUUGGGAACUCGCUUGCUGACACUGGGAACUUCCUCAUCACUGCGGCCCAAGCAUUUCCUAUGGUCGCCAGGCUUCCUUACGGAAUUACCUAUUUUAAGCGCCCUACUGGCCGUUUCUGCGACGGUCGUCUAGUUGUGGAUUUCGUAGCUGAAGCGCUGGGUCUCCCCUUGCUUCCUCCGUACUUAGCCCGAGCAUCAAAUUUCCAACAAGGAGCGAAUUUUGCUGUGGCGGGAGCUACAGCAUUGAACCCUGCAUUUUUCAUCCAAAGAGGAUUGGGGAGCUUGCUUUGGACUAACUACUCUUUGAGCACCCAGCUUGCUUGGUUCGAAGAAUUGAAGCCUUCCCUUUGCCACACACAUCAAGAUUGCUCCAAGUACUUCAAAAAAUCUCUCUUUCUGUUGGGAGAGAUCGGAGGGAACGACUACAACUAUCUUUUGUUACUGGGCAGGGUAACAAUACAGCAAGUGUACACCUAUGUGCCUAUGGUUAUUCAAGAAGUGGCAGACGCUGCUCAGAGACUGAUCGAACACGGAGCUGUGAACCUCGUUGUGCCAGGAAAUCUACCCAUUGGUUGCAACCCACUGUACCUCACAGUUUUGAGGAGUCCCAACCCAGCUGACUAUGAUGCUAUAACUGGCUGCUUGAAGCCAUUGAACCAAUUCUCAAUGUAUCACAAUGCAUUGCUAAUUACAGCCCUAGAGAAACUCCGGUUGAAGAAUCCACAUGCCAACAUUGUCUAUGCUGACUACUACAAUGCAGCUUUGCAAUUGGAUUUGUUUCCUUUCAAGUUUGGAUUCAUUCAUGGGCCUCUAAUAACUUGUUGCGGGAGUGGGGGCGGCCCAUAUAAUGUGAACGUAUCAGCAUUCUGCGGUGCACCAGGCUCAAGGCUUUUAGGUGAUCCCUCCUCGUAUUUGAAUUGGGAUGGGAUUCACUUGACUGAAGCUGGUUAUCUUAACAUUGCCAAUGGUUUGCUGUACGGUCCUUACGCCGAUCCACCCAUCAUUCAUUAUAACUGAGAUCUGAUGUGAAACCCUAUUACGUACAAAUUACGUACAGCACCUUCCAUGAUUGAACAAUAAGGGGUUAAUCUGUAUCUCAAAUUUUCGAAUGAAUAAUUAAGAUGCGAAGACUUACAUGUACUUUUGUUUGUAUGGGGGAAACAUUCUCUAGUUAAUUUUUAUGUUGAUAAACUUGUCUUUGG